AAGGUUUUAAAAACUUCGUAACGAAAUAUUCUCAUUAUCAAUGCGCAAACAAAUGAUAAGAUAGUCUUCCGUGAAACAGCACCUGUGCUGUGCAUAUAGGCGGCGUCAAAAGUUAAUAAUAAGUUGUUGUGUUGUGAAUAAAAUAAUUACUACCAAUGUUUUAAAUAUUAUGCCAGUGUUGUUUUAACGAAAGAUGCCGGAGCUCAGGAGGAGUAGUGGGGUUCGAGACAAUGACGUAGACUUGGUUAUCGAUGGAGUUUUGUCCACUCAGCCAGAACUUGGACCCAGCAUACCUGAUGGUGGAUAUGGCUGGGUCGUUUUUAUCGGAUCUCUGUUUUUCCAACUUCUAGUUAAUAGUAUCCCAGUCGGUCUAGGCGUAUUUUUAUGCUUUACUAAACUUGAAUACGUAACAAAAGGCGAUAUUAACCCGAAAAUAUGGGAUGACCAUUUUUUAUAUGCCCCCUUAUUUUUUGCAAUAAGCUGGACAAUAAGCGAUCCCUUCGUGAGAACUCUUAUUCAAAGUAGCACAUGGCCAAGACUUGUUGCUACAGCCGGCACUUGUUUAACCUGCGCAGGGCUGCUUUUUAUGUGGAUGGCACUAAGCGGACACGAGCAGGGGUGGAUUUACGCCAUUUCCGGUACAAUAUCAGGAAUUGGGUCUUCUCUGCAAAUUUCCCAGUGCGAAAUACUGGUGGCGCAAUAUUUUAAACUGAAGCAUUCGAUUUUGUUGCAUUAUUCUUAUGCUGUGACGGCGAUUGGUUAUAUUUUGGUUCCGAUUAUUUUAGGGGAUAAUUUGUUAAAAACCAACUUGUCCAAUGUUAUUAUGUGGUAUCAAACUGUUUUGCUGCAGGGUCUUGUUGUGGCGUUAUUUUUUAAGAAACCUGCUUACCUGAAGGCUAAGAGGAGAACAUACAACUUUUUACAGACCGAUAAGGAAGAAGACGAAGAAGACAUAUUCUCCAAAAACUCAAAAGAAUUGCAAAUAAGGCAACACAACGAAAUAGUAAAAAAAGUGAUUCUAAAUGAGGCUGGAACUAGCAAUGAAAAUGAAGAAUAUUUGGAAAAAAAGAAACAAUGGGAAACCUUUGAAGAUACUGAAAGCAUGACCUCGAGAUCUUUAAAAGAUGAGCUAGCUGAAGCUACCUCUAAUAAUAAUACCAUGCCAAUAAUGCCAACCCCAUUAUUUUCCGACACCCCUGUAAAUAAUAACAUCACCUAUUCCUUUGAAGAUGUUGAAGCAGAUAAUCCAGAACCAUCAGUUUUUAAAGCUAACAAACCUACAAAAUCCAUAAUUGAAAUUUUUCACUUGGAACUACUAAAACAACCAACGUUUUAUAAAUCCUUACUGAUGGUGGUGACCACCAAAUUUUCAAAGUUUGUUUUUUUCACUUUGAUGCCUUCAUAUUUGUAUUUGGAGAGCCAAAAGAGCUUUCAGCCUAUUAUGGACUUCAUGGGGAUUGUUUCCAUAGCAAUCUUAUUGUUUUCUGGAAUUUCCUAUUGGGUGAAUGUCAAUAAACAAAGGAGGCCAAUUUGUCUAUGGGUACUUAGUUGGAUGGGAUCUGUCGGAUAUUUUUUUAUUUCGGAUUUACCUUACGAAUCAUUUCUAAAAUUUGGAGCUUUACAAGUUGUUUUUAGUAUAGCAGCUUUAGAUUUUGUAGGAAAGCCACUUUUGGGCUUGACUUAUAGAGGAGAACAGACCAAAGAGUUUAUGUUAAUUAGUCUAUUAAGUGGUAAAUCAUUUUUAUUUUUCCUAUGUUUUGACAUCCAGUUGCAGUCUUGCUUUAGACUUAUGGGUAUAUUGCAUUUUUCUACAGGGUGUAUUUGGUUUACGAAUUUUGUAUACAAGAAAAUUAAGGAAACAAGAUAAUUAUAAUAAGGAAACAAAAUAAAGACUUAUUUAAAUAGAACCAUUAAUUUUUUUUCACUUUUAGGGUUAGCCCUUUGAUUCCUUGUUCUAAAAAUAUUAACGCUAUCUAAAAAUUGCUUUUGCGGAUUAUUGGCAUUUUUAUUUUUAUUAUGAUUUGGGUUGAAUAUAUUUAUAUUUUCAUUGACUUUAUUCUUUGGAUCAAAUAUAUUAUACUGCUGGCUUAUAUUAGCGGCUUGCUGAGCAGUAGAAGUAUUCUUAUGAUUCGGAUUGAAAAUAUUAAUGUUCUGAUUGACUUUAUUUUUAGGGUCUAAUAUAUUAUAUUGCUGACUUAUAUUGGCAGCCCCUUCUAAACCUAAUUUCGACCCAGUUGUAUUAAUAGUAUCGAAAAAUCCUUCCUGUAUGCCUUUAACAGUUGUGUCCAACCCGUUUAAAAACUGGCAACUGCUACUUUUUAAUCUUUCCGCAAUGUUGCACCACAGCGCCAUCUGGCAGAACCUAAAACUAUCCGACAGCUGCGGUUUCGGUUUUAUCUGGAUAAAAUUGUUUUUCGUAGCGCUAAAAGGUGGCGCUUCUUUGUUGUUUAUAAUCGGUUUACCGGUGCGCGCAAAAUCAGCAAUCAUUUGCGUAAAAACUUCGCGCACUUUCCGGUCGUCUUCGUUCAUGAUUUCGUUGUUUUCUAUGGGAUUUCCGAAGAUGUCGUUAGCUUCGAAAAGGUAGUUUAGGUCGUCGCCGUGACCGAUGGUUUCGUUGUCGUCGGCUGUAAAUAAAGGUGUGUUGACCAAAUAAAAUAAAUUUUAAAAUUAAAAGUGCUGUAAAUUUGUAGCUUCAUCUAUCUACUUUAAGCUGUUAAACGCAAUAAAAUAUAGAAUGGAAUAUGGUAAAUGAGAUAUGAUAAUUGUGGAGAAAACAUGCAAAAACCGAUAAAUCAAUUUUUACAUUUUAAGAGUAGAGUAACGAUUCUUACUAAUUUUGGUAAUUUCUUUUGACUUCCCUGUUGUAAAUGACCGAUUAAUUCCUGUCCCAGAUAACCAAAGUUUCUUAGUAAAUCUAAAGAAACGCGUUGUCGGCAUAUUUCAUGCAACAGUAAGCCAAUAAGUUGGAAGUCCAAAACAUUUCCCGUCAGUUGCAUUCAAACUGCAAGAAAAAUGUUUAGGCCCAAGUUUGACACGUAUUUCCAAUAAUUUCUGAUUAAGAGUUGUAUUCAACAGAGGUGUCACCGACGGGCAACACAUUUCCUAAAAUACCUUGUUGGUCAGUUGCAUGAAAACUGCAAGAAAUUUGUUUCCGCCCAAGAUAGCCGCUUAUUUUCAAUAGAUUCCAGUCAACAAUUGUAUGCAACAGAGGUGCAACGGACGGCCAACAUAUUUCCCACAAUAAAGAACCGCGCUUGCGCGAGAGUCCCCGCUACCGUUGCUCACCAUUUGUUCUUUAUAAUUUAUGGUUUGUUCCUUCUUUAUCUCUGGUUUGUUCUGCGAGUGUGUGUACGACGUGUUGAUUAAUAUAAACAAGAAAUCUAUCAGGUAUGUUUUAUGCACGCAAUAGUUAUCUAUUAGCUUUAGCUGUACCUAUAUCCAUAUGGAAAAAUCUAAAAAUCCUUUGAAAAUAAAAAAAAAUACAAAAAAGAAACCAAGACGUAAGUAAAUUUUUAAAUAAUUUGUUAUAUUGAAGUAAAACUUCUUUCAGCAUGUACCUAAAUAGAGGCUAUAAAAAUGUAGGAUUUUUUGAAGAUGUAGUUUUUUCUUUGAAGUAUUAUAAUUUUAUAAGGGUUUUUAUCCAAAUAACAUUAAUUU